GCGGCAUAGAUACGAUUGGAUGUUGAGGCCAGCAGGUUGCAACUAGCAAAGGUUGCGGAACGCCGUGAAAUUAAGUGACUUUUUCUAUUUUGCAAUAGAAACAGUAAACAUAAAAAACGUUCUAUUAAUUAGUAAACGGUAUAUUUAACGACUGUUUAUCAGUGAAAUAAUCGGAAAGGGUUUCGCUGUGUCGACAGAUAAGUGAACAAACGAAAAUGAGUGCAAAUAACAGCGUAUAAUACAAAAAAACGAGUGUAUUUUUUGUUAAAACUUCGCUAUCGAACGUUGAAAAGUACCGAAACAUUUAAAAAAAUCAUAAAAUAACAAACUUAUGUAGUACGUUCAUAUAAAGAUUCGCGGCUCUAAAGAUUGUUUACCAAAAACCCAGUUUUGCGUCUCAGAAUUGUAUUUACGCACUUAAAAAAAAACAUAAAACGUUUAGUGAGUGUCAACUAAUUAAAAAGUAUUGGCAAAAAAAAAAUAUAUAUAAUACACGCCCACAUUAUUUUAACCAGCUGCAGACUGCAUUUUACGAGCUUUUCUAAAAUCAUUCUUCAAUUCUUCAUCAUAUCUACAUACAUACAUACAUCAACAAAAUGACUUGUACCCGCAACAGCAGCAAUAGCCGCAGCUCGUAUACACUAUUACCAACACUCAGUAGUAGACUUUUCUCCCGUAAUCAAAGUAAACGAGAAUAUCAGCAAAAUGUCUGAAACCAUAACCGAGAAACCUUCCACCUACAAAGCUAACAACUCGAACCAUCACUGUUUGAGGUCGUACUUUUGUCCAACAUUUUUCUACACAAACAGCUACGACGUAACGGAUAAUAAAACGAAUGAAAUGUUCCAUCACCAAUGGAAACCGGAACAAUUUACUAUGGAUGAAAAAUAUCAACGUGAAGACGAACGCUUAAAGACAUUUGAAAACUGGCCAUUGGAGUGGCUGAAUAAGAAGGAAUUAGCGCAAACUGGUCUAUUCUAUACGGGCGAAGAUGAUAAGGUGAAAUGUUAUUUUUGUGAAGUUGAAAUCGGUCGUUGGGAGCGCGAAGAUCAGCCCGUUAAUGAGCAUUUACGUUUUUCACCCAAUUGCCCAUUGCUGAGACGUCGCACAACCAACAAUGUCCCGCUCAAUGGUGAAACACUGAAUCGCGUCUUACCACCCAUUAGUUAUGAUGUUUGUGGCAAUGAGGGACUCGAAUUGGAAAAUGAGGCUGCUGAGCCAUCAGUAGGGGCUGGCGCUGAGGAGGGUCUGACGACGACAGCACCCGUUGGCGUUACUUACCAAUAUGAUAGCAUAGCGAGUGGCCAUGCGACGCAUAACAACUCCAACGUCAGCAACAACAACAGCAGCAGCAGCAGUAGAUGUGGCAACGAAUUGCAAUUAUAUCGACCAGAGUAUCCUGAGUACGCUAUCGAAGCGGCACGUUUACGUUCGUUCGCCGAAUGGCCACGCAACAUGAAACAGCGGCCAAAGCAGCUGGCCGAUGCUGGCUUCUUUUACACCGGUAUUGGUGAUCGUGUCAAAUGCUUUAGCUGUGGUUGUGGCCUCAAGGAUUGGGAUGAUGACGAUGAACCAUGGGAACAGCAUGCGCUCUGGUUACCUAAAUGUCGUUACUUGAAUCUGCUGAAGGGCCAAAGUUUUAUUGACAGCGUUGCGGCCAAGUUCAAAAUGAAUAAUGGUAAAACCGCAGAUGCAGCACCAGAAUCAGAUGAACAUUGUCCAGCAACGGAGGCAACGCUUGCCGCAGCAGCAGCAGCUCAAUCACCGGCGGUGCCGUGUACAACAACCGCAACAACGGCAGCAAAUGAUGAGAUGAAAUCCACACAGGCAACAAUCGCCGAGGAGAAGCUCUGCAAGAUUUGCUAUGCUGAUGAAUACAACACGGCGUUUUUACCCUGUGGUCAUGUAGUGGCUUGCGCCAAGUGCGCGUCCUCGGUCUCGAAGUGCCCGGUCUGCCGAAAACCUUUUACAAAUGUGAUGCGUGUGUUUUUUCCUUAAUCAUCUAUAAACACUAUUUAUUAAACUGUAGACUAACCCGCGUUGUAAAUAAUAAAAACGUUAAUAUGCGGUCAUUCGGCCAGUUGUAGUUUAUGUAUAUGCCC